CGAACAACGACGAUUGCCCAACGUCUCGAUUUCUCGCUCUCUCUUCUUCUUGCAUCGCUCAUCUUCAGUGACUUAGAGGUACAUUAUGAGUCUGAAGAAAUUGCUUCUAUUGUCCACACAACAUUAGCUGUUGAUAAGGAGAGAUGGAGGGCAGUUUUGCUGAUGAGCUUUACUCAGAAAGUUUACAGCUAUCAAAAUCGCAAUUGGGUUCCACAUUGAAUGUCACCAGUAAACAAAGUGGUUUAGAUGAUCAUGUUAAGGUUCAGUUGUCGGAUGAAGAUGGAUCUUCAUGGUGUGGUUCUGAUAACGAAGUGAAUGAAGCCUCUGAUAUGGACAAGGAAUGGCAGAGGAGACGUGACCAAUUCCAUACGAUGGGAUACCGUGAUGGUGUUAUAGCCGGAAAGGAAGCUUCUUCUCAGGAGGGAUUCAAUAUUGGCUUUAAGCAAUCAGUCCUUGUUGGUUACAACUGGGGUCUUGUGAGAGGUGUUACAAGUACAUUGGCUUCCCUUCCAGAUGGUAUAAGGGAGAAGUUGAUUGAAACGGAAGAACAAAGGACUCGAUUUCAGGGAUUGUAUGAAUCUGUUCAUUCCCUUUCUACAACAGAUGCCCUUGGGUUGUUUAACGAUGAAAUCACAAGUAAAAAUGAUAGAGAACAAGUUGAAAGUUCAGAGACUAGUUCUUUUGAAGUUGAAACUGGUCUGGAAGAGCAAAGAUUAGACCUCAGUGGUCUAGGAAAUUACUCUGCAAAGCUCUGUUCACUUCUUUUGGAGUCGCCUGGAAUCAAAGUCAAGUUCCCCUAGACAAGAAGUUAGUGCCAUAAUUUUGUAAUUAUUUGAAAUUUGUAAAAGAAAAAUUGAAAAUACUUUGCUGUACUACAAGCCAACAGUUGAGUUCAAUUUUUUAAGAAUUGUGCA